CGCCGGCCGCUAUCCCUGAUUACGCUAAGAUACGUGCGUGCUUAUGUACGCCUAACCCAGAACCAGAACACCACAUACCUACACUACCUACCUGUGCCUACUAUACAAACCCACAAUCCAUCCACCACCAAUAUAUCCUGCCUCCCCCCAUUUUCCCCUCUUUCACAAAAGGUUCCUUUCCAUCCUUCAUAUUAGAACCAACAUCACGAAACAUCGUUUGCCUUGCAAGAAAGAUCCGAUUGCGAGGUCACAGCAGAGAGAGAGAGAUACAGCUGCUCCAUAGCUGCCUGUACGAACCGAGAGAGAGCUCUGACUGAAACGAACGAGAGCUCGAUUCGCCUGAAGCUGCUGCUGCUGCUGCGUCACGACUCAAAGCGAACCGGAGAAAGGCAUACAAUUACUCAUACUCCCAUUCACGGACGAAUUUGCCAGCUGUGCAGUAUAUAAAGAGGGUGAACCCCGCAACGACGAUACUGCUGUCGACAGCUACGCCACCCAACAAAGACGCACCACCUCGCCGCUGCAAUACCUACUCCGCCCACCCGAGGCAUUCCGCGGAAGUGACAAGUUCACAUCUACGAACCCAAUAUCUCCGCACGAACAACCCCGACACCUCAUUACCAAUCCCACAUACAUCCAUUCACCCGCCACACCACACCACCACAAAGCCAACACCUCCAUCCACCACCACACCCACCACAUCCCCAACAAUGACCGACGACACCCCUACCCCUACCCCCGACCACCACCGCCGCCGCGGCUCCUUCUCCAGCGCAACCUUCUCCGCCAUCUUCGGUCCCCGCGGCGCCCCCACCAACGGCACCAACGGCACCCCUCCCGGCCGCCAAAACCCCUCCCCCCCUUCCUCCACCACCUCCACCUCCACCUCCACCACCGCCCCGCUCCCCACCCCCUCUUCCCGCCGCCGCAUGUCCAUCUCCACCCUCGGCCUCUCCGGCUCCCCCCUCUCCAGCUCCGCGGGGGCACCAAACUUCUUCCCGCGCGACCGCCGCGCCAGCAUCGCCUCCUCGACCGCCUCUUCCAGCCUGCCUAACUCCGCGGUCUCGGAAUCAGCUAUCGAAGACGAUUCCCCCGAUUCGGGGGGUAGUGUGCCGACCACCCCGUUCACGAGACAUAUGUCCUUCGGCGGGUCAUCGGGGUUGUUUCCCCGCGGCAGCGGAGGGGGACCGACGAGUCCGCAGACUAAGUCCAGAAGCCCGAGUGAUGCGGGGGGUCUGAAUUGGUCGGAGCAGUUUAGGGAGAGAGCGGCGAGCGCGGUGCAUAGACCUAUGAUGGGGAGUUCGCCACCGGUUGGGGGGGCGGGGUUUGGGAGUAUGAGUGGGCAGGGAGGUCAGGGACCGCCGCUGCAUGGGAGGGCGAGGAGUGAGGGGGGAGAUCAGGUGGUGGCCCAGCCGCAGGCGAGGACGCAGCCGCUGCCGGUGCCGCAGAGGAGGGAGAGGAGGAAGCCGGAUGAGGUAGGGGAGAGGAUGUUGAGGGGGGAGUUUUAUAUGGAUUGAGGUGUUUGUGUGCGUGAGAGAGAGAGAGAGAUGGAGGGAGAGAGGGGGUGUUGUGUGUGUAUAUGUGUGUGUGUGUGUGUGUAAGAGGGAUAGGAGGUGCGGAUGAUGCGUGUAGCUGGCCUGGUGCCGCUACAUUUGUCACGUCGCUCGCUCGACUGCACGUUGGCUGGCAGGGUUUGAGGUGGUGAGACUACUGCUGGCUGGCACGGCGGAUACAUGGACCCUCUUCUCAGCACCGCAUCACACAUACUGCUCACCCCCCUGCCACGCACGCGCGCUCUACCUUAUACACAUACCACCUCUUCCCAUCAACCCGCCCGCCGCAAAACGAAACGAAACGAAACGAAACAAACAAGAAAAAAAACGCCACCACCACCAUCAUCGACCAACAAACCCGUCUACUCACUCGCUCCCUCCACCUAGGGCAAAGCAUAAACAAAACCAACCAAAAAAAAGGGAGUUGCGGCAGAUGCGAUAGCGAAAGUGGCUGACCCGCCCCGAGAGCGUUUUUGUGGGAAGUAAGGAAAGGGAGAGAAAGGGUGGGGAAUUAUAUUAGAUAUAAAGAAUGUGGCCGGGGGGUGAGGGGGUGAGGAGAAUAUCGACAUGCCGCGGGCGCGGAGCUGAUGGCUCACAAUAGGCUCUUCGGGCAGUGUUCGAUGUUGGGAUGGCUUUGCAUGCAUUACCUCUUGUACGAAAUCACCAUACCUUUUUUUAGAGAGUUUGCUUUGUUCCCUCUCUUUAUCACUUGUCGUUUUGUGUGGUUAUGGUUCUGUUCUGCUUCUUGUAUGAAUAGUCUCAAGAUUAUCUCAACCCUCUUCUUCUUUGUUAUUUUUUUUUUUUUUUUUUUGGAGCUGUGGUGGUGUGCAAGGGGGUUGUUUCGGGAAGAGCGUAUUUGGGAGACGGCUGGCGGGACUAGCUUAGCUUGGCUGGCGGCAAGGGGGA